AUCAUUUUCCAUGUAAUUGGAAUGCAACGGUUUUCGGAGUUGCCUGGUUCAUCGAUGGAUGGUUGGUGUGCCGAAGUCUGGGGCCGAUACGUGACACCGGUGAUACAAUUAUAAUGUGGUCUGGAUAUGAUGUUGUAUGCGUAGAUAUCCUGCUGACCAUCCCGCAACAAGUCUCAGAAGGUUGCAACUCGGGUAAUUGUUGACCAACAGAUUUGAAGACGGCCCGAAAAAGCAGAGAGAUGUCCUACCCUAUCCGCUCGACCAUCUCACCGGUGCGGUUCCUGAGACCACUGCUCUUUCUCAGUCGACCUGCACCUCGCCACCAUCAUCUGACCCUCCGGCAGUCGCUCGAUCAAACCCGCACCCGAGCCGGAGCUGCCAAGAGAACCUAUGCGGUGCAGGCUAGUCCCCGAUUCUUCGCCAAGGAACCUUCAGGCCCUCAGGUGUCUACCUCGGAAAUCCCUGGACCCGCGAGUCGGAAGUUAUCUCGAGAGAUCAACGAAUGGCAAGACGCUCGAGCCCAUCAGAUGGUUGCCGAUUAUUCGAAGAGCAUUGGCAAUUAUCUGCAAGACGUGGAUGGGAACAGGUUAUUGGACGUUUUUGCUCAGAUCGCUUCGAUCGCGAUCGGAUAUAACCAUCCCAAACUUUUGGAACUCGCAAGAUCGGAUGAAUUCGUUCAAUUGGCCAUGAACCGACCCGCUCUUGGAUCAUUCCCUCCGGCAAAUUGGGACCAUAUCGUAUCGACUGGCCUACUCAAAGUCGCACCCCAAGGACUCAAUCAGCUUUUCACGAUGAUGUGCGGCUCCUGUGCCAACGAGGGUGCACUGAAGGCGGCAUUCUUCGCCUACCGUCAACGCGAAAGAGGGGGUGGUUUGAGCCAGUUUUCAGCUGAAGAGCUCAAGUCGUGCAUGAACAAUACUCAACCUGGAUCACCCGACUUGGUAGCUAUGAGCUUUCGUAGUGGAUUUCACGGGAGGUUGUUUGGCUCCUUGAGUCUUACCCGCAGCAAAGCCAUCCACAAGAUCGAUGUUCCAGCGUUUGACUGGCCAGCAGUUGAAUUCCCCCGUCUGAAAUAUCCAUUGGCUGAUCAUGAAGCCGAGAACAAGAAAAUCGAAGAGGAUGCGAUCAGUAAAGUUGAGGAAACCAUAGUCGAAUGGAACGCCAAAGGACGCUCAGUUGCAGCGCUAAUCGUUGAACCCAUCCAAUCCGAAGGAGGCGACUUUCACGCGAGUCCGGCCUUUUUUCGAAAAUUACGCGAAGUCACCCUGAAACAUCACAUCUAUUUAAUUGUUGAUGAAGUCCAGACCGGCGUUGCUGCAACUGGCCACUUUUGGGCUCAUGAGAAGUGGGGCUUGACAACACCCCCGGACUUUGUGACAUUUUCGAAGAAGAUGCAAGCUGCUGGUUUCUUUCAUGCCCCUGAGACCCGACCCACCCAGCCAUACCGCAACUAUAACACCUGGAUGGGAACACCUACCGAGAUCUUGAAAGCCCGGGCGAUCAUUGAAGUGAUUCAGGACCAAGGGUUGAUAGAGCAUGUAAGCUCUGUGGGGAAAUACCUUUACCAAGGGCUAGACGAACUUUCGAAAUCGGUCGGUCAAGGGAAGAUCAUCAACCUACGCGGCCAAGAUAGUGGAACUUUCUUAGCCUUCGACUGCUCCAGCUCCGAAACCCGGGAUCGAUUUGUACAGCAGAUGAAACUAGCUGGUGUUAAUGUAGGAGGAUGUGGGGAUCAGACUGUUAGGUUGAGACCGAUGUUGGUGUUCGAAAAAAUCCAUGCUGAUAUUUUUCUGAACACGGCCGAGAAGGUACUCAAGGAUUUAUGAAAACUCUGAAAUAUUCGGAGUCAAGUCAUGACAAUUUUCCUUUGAGUAGCCUGUUUAAAUCAGGGUUAUGCACUUUUCUUUUUAUUUUUCAUGAAAAAGGUAUUUAGAUGCCUGAUAUAUACCAGCUUUAUACAUAUGAUUAUGACGAUUGAAGCACGUCGGUGUAACAGUAGUACUUGCUAUUAAAAUGAAAUCGUCUUGAUACCUACAUUCCAACUGAACUUGAACUCACCACAGGAGACUCAAAUUGAGCUCGAACCCAUUGAUGACUUAGCCGAUGUAUCCAUCAGCCUAAUUAUCAGGUUGUCGUAAACCAUCCUCUCAUCUCAAAAUUCCAACUUAAACUUCAAAUGUUACCUUACCCUCAAGACAAUCUGGUCCCUGAAACAAAUAGACAUCGCAUGGCACAUUAGAUACCUAUCCAAAUCUAGAACCAUUUCUUG